CUAAAAAAGAUCAAGGGGACACUCUGCCUUUAAGACUCUACUUCCCCAAUCGGUGAUUCCUUAAAUCUAGGAAUAGGUAGUUGAUGUUUGCGGACUGGGCCUGUGUCGGGAAAGGUGAACCUCGUGGUGCCUUCUACUGAGACGCACCAAGGGAAGAGAGCAGAAACCAGGCUUGGACCGCAGUUCUCGCCUACCUGUGCAGACUAAUUGUAACCAUCUCAUUUUGUAGUGUUGACAUUAAAGAGCACCUCUUUUCGGACUGCUAACUCGUACAUUUUUGUGGGCAAGUCUUGCGUGUACUCCUCGCCAUGGCUCAGCUCCAGACACGCUUCUACACUGACAACAAGAAAUAUGUGGUAGAUGAUGUUCCCUUCUCAAUUCCUGCCACGUCUGAAAUUGCUGACCUUAGUAACAUCAUCAAUAAAUUGCUGGAGGCCAAAAUGGUGGAGUUCCACAAACAUGUGGAGUUUGAUUUCCUUAUCAAGGGCCAGUUUCUGCGAAUGCUUGUUCAACACAUGGAACUGGAGAACAUCUCAUCAGAAGAGGUUGUGGAACUAGAAUAUGUGGAGAAGUACACUGCACCCCAGCCAGAGCAAUGCAUGCUCCAUGAUGACUGGAUCAGCUCAAUUAAAGGAGCAGAGGAAUGGAUCUUGACUGGUUCUUAUGAUAAGACUUCUAGAAUCUGGUCCUUGGAAGGAAUCAUUAUGACAAUUGUGGGACAUACAGAUGUUGUAAAAGAUGUGGCCUGGGUGAAAAAAGAUAGUUUGUCUUGCUUACUACUGAGUGCCUCUAUGGAUCAGACCAUUCUCUUGUGGGAGUGGAAUGUAGAGAGAAACAAAGUGACCUUACACUGCUGCAGAGGUCAUGCUGGAAGUGUGGAUUCUAUAGCUGUUGAUAGCUCAGGAACUAAAUUUUGCAGUGGCUCCUAUAAGAUGCUAAAGAUCUGGUCUGCAGUCCUUACAGAUGAAGAAGAUGAAACGGAGGAAUCCACAAACAGACCAAGAAAGAAACAGAAAACAGAACAAUUAGGACUAACAAGGACUCCCAUGGUGACCCUCUCUGGCCAUACGGAAGCAAUUUCCUCAGUACUCUGGUCAGAUGCUGAAGAAAUCUGCAGUGCAUCUUGGGACCACACAAUUAGAAUAUGGGAUGUUGAGUCUGGUAGUCUUAAGUCAACUUUGACAGGAAAUAAAGUGUUUAACUGUAUUUCCUAUUCUCCACUUUGUAAACGUUUAGCUUCUGGAAGCACAGAUAGGCAUAUCAGACUGUGGGAUCCCCGAACUAAAGAUGGUUCCUUGGUGUUGCUGUCCUUGACCUCACAUACAGGCUGGGUCACAGCAGUAAAGUGGUCUCCUACUCAUGAACAGCAACUGAUUUCAGGCUCUUUAGAUAACAUUGUCAAGCUGUGGGAUACAAGAAGUUGUAAGGCUCCUCUCUAUGAUCUGGCUGCUCAUGAAGAUAAGGUUCUAAGUGUAGACUGGACAGACACAGGGCUACUUCUAAGUGGAGGUGCAGACAAUAAAUUGUAUUCCUACAGAUAUUCCCCUACCUCUUCCCACGUGGGGGCAUGAAAGUGAAUGAUGACUUGAUAUAGAGACUUUCUAUAAAUGAAGUCGGUAGAGAACCAUCAGAUUAUGUUGAUGAAGAUGCAGUCUUUUAAAUUAAGGUUUACACAAGAUUUCUACCCUUCAUAAAAGCUAACAGAUUACUUUGUUUUCAUUUUGUGUGUAUAAAAUAAAAUGUUACUUGUAUUCUCUACCCUACAGACUAUAGAAAUUAAACUGAGAUUUUUAAACUUC